UCCUUCCUAUCAAACAAUACAAUAAUUAUUUAUUUAUUAUUAUUAUUACCAUUCUCUGUUUUCCUUUCCCCCUCAGCACUGCAACUUUAUUAUUUUUCUAAAUCAUAUAAUCUUCUCUGAUCUGUGAUUUCUCCUCUUUUAAUCCUCAGGACGUACUAAUCAUCUUCUACCUAUUUUCUUUUCCACUUCUCACCAGUGCGAACUAGAUUUAUGUAUACUGCAACUUUAUUAUUUUUCUAAAUCUUAUAUUCUUCUCUGAUCUGUGAUUUCUCUUCUCUGUUUUUGGCUGAUUACUGCUCAAGCAAACCAGCACUUGAAGAACAUCUUGAAUCCAGGAGUCAAUAUUUUUGUAAUCAAGCUGCUGUAAUUCCUAACAUAGACAAUAUACAACAAGAGAACUUCGUGCCUCGGCACUUUGGAAACUCUACUAGGUCACAUAUGGAUAACCUCAAACUCAGAGGAUUGCAAAAUCAAACUACUAGGCCAAAUGCUUCAAAUCCUGGCCUUGACACUUCCCUGCAAAGUCAUAUUAGGGGUUUAAAUACUCAACAAGUCGGAUAUGAUUCAUUUUGGAACUAUAUUGAAGAAAGGGCUGAUGAUGGUAGAAUGAAGUGUAAGUUUUGUCCACAUACAUAUGCCAUUAAAACUUCCAUUUCAAGGAUCAAAUGGCAUUUAUCAGGAGCAAAAGGGCAUGGUGUUGCCAUUUGUCGUGGGGUGUCUAAAGAAGUUCAAGAAGCAGCCGUUCUAGCUAUGUGUGGUGGCAACAAAAGACUUAAAAGGACAGAAAGUUCAAUCAAUGUUAAUGAUUCUGGAAUUUCAACUUGUCCACAAGAACAAGACAUUAAGAUUGAAAAUAUGGGAGGAGGUAUUGGAAGGGUACAAAGAGAAGUUCAGGUUGUAGAACCUGGAGUAGAGGAAGAGAGGAUUUCUUCACAAGCAAUAGCAAGAAACGACAAAGUAAGCUCCAACACCGAGGAUGACCUCGAAGUCAUAGGAUUCCAAAUUCAAACUGCUAGGCCAAAUGCCUCAAAUCCUGGCCUUGACACUUCCCUGCAAAGUCAACUUAGGGGUUUAAAUACUCAACAAGUUGAAAUGGUUGGAUCAAAGGAUCCAUUUUGGAAUUAUAUUGAAGAUAUGGCUGAUGGUAGCAUGAAGUGUAAGUUUUGUCCACAUACGUUUGCCAAUAAAACCUCCAUUUCAAGGAUCAAAUGGCAUUUAUCAGGAGAGGAAGGGCAUAAUGUUGCCAUUUGUCGUGGGGUGACAAAAGAAGUUCAAGAAGAAGCCUUUCUAGCUAUGUGUGGUGGCAACAAAAGACUUCAAAGCACAGAAAGUUCAAUCAAUGUUAAUGAUUCUGGAAUUUCAACUUGUCCACAAGAACAAAACAUUAAGAUUGAAAAUAUGGGAGGAGGUAUUGGAAGGGUACAUAGACAAGUUCAGGUUGUAGAACCUGGAGUAGAGGAAGAGAGGAUUUCUUCACAAGCAAUAGCAAGAAACGACAAAGUAAGCUCCAACUCCGAGGAUGACCUCCAAGUCAAAGGAUUGCAAAAUCAAACUGCUACGCCAGAUGCCUCAAAUCCUGGCCUUGACACUCCCCUGCAAAGUCAACUUAGGGGUUUAAAUGCUCAACAAGUUGAAAUGGUUGGAUCAAAGGAUCCAUCUUGGAAUUAUAUUGAAGAUAUGGCUGAUGGUAGCAUGAAGUGUAAGUUUUGUCCACAUACAUUUGCCAAUAAAACCUCCAUUUCAAGGAUCAAAUGGCAUUUAUCAGGAGAGGAAGGGCAUAAUGUUGCCAUUUGUAGUGGGGUAACUAAAGAAGUUCAAGAAGCAGCCUUUCUAGCUAUGUGUGGUGGCAACAAAAGACUUAAAAGCACAGAAAGUUCAAUCAAUGUUAAUGAUUCUGGAAUUUCAACUUGUCCACAAGAACAAAAAAUUAAGAUUGAAAAUAUGGGAGGAGGUAUUGGAAGGGUACAAAGAGAAGUUCAAGUUGUAGAACCUGGAGUAGGGGAAGAGAGGAUUUCUUCACAUGCAAUAGCAAGAAACGACGAAGUAAGCUUCAAAUCCGAGGAUGACCUCCAAGUCAAAGGAUUGCAAAAUCAAACUGCUACGCCAGAUGCCUCAAAUCCUGGCCUUGACACUCCCCUGCAAAGUCAACUUAGGGGUUUAAAUACUCAACAAGUUGAAAUGGUUGGAUCAAAGGAUCCAUUUUGGAAUUAUAUUGAAGAUAUGGCUGAUGGUAGCAUGAAGUGUAAGUUUUGUCCACAUACAUUUGCCAAUAAAACCUCCAUUUCAAGGAUCAAAUGGCAUUUAUCAGGAGAGGAAGGGCAUAAUGUUGCCAUUUGUCGUGGGGUGACUAAAGAAGUUCAAGAAGAAGCCUUUCAAGCUAUGUGUGGUGGCAACAAAAGACUUAAAAGGACAGAAAGUUCAAUCAAUGUUAAUGAUUCUGGAAUUUCAACUUGUCCACAAGAACAAAACAUUAAGAUUGAAAAUAUGGGAGGAGGUAUUGGAAGGGUACAAAGAGAAGUUCAAGUUGUAGAACCCAGAGCAGGGGAAGAGAGGAUUUCUUCACAUGCAAUAGCAAGAAACGAAGAAGCAAGCAUGACCGGAGUGAGAGCACAUGAAGAUAGAGUUUCCAAAGAGGCACUCGAGAGUAGACUGAGGACAGAACCAGUGGAUCGAGCGUUGGAACAAAGCAAUGCAGUACUUGGCAAUUUGGCAGGGUGUGUUGGAAGGAUACAAGUGGGAGUUCAGGGCAUGGAACAAGGUCCCGGAGAAGAGAGAAUUCAGUCGCAUUUACAAGCAGAAAAUGGCAUAGAAAACACUGGUGAAGGAUCUUUUCAGCAUGAUGCAUUUGAGAGUAUACCAAGAACAGAGCAAGUGCAGCUCCUGGAGCCGCAAGGAGAUUCAUCCCAAUUUUGUCUUGACAUUGGAAGAUGUUAUGGUCAACCUUGUGCUUCAUCAGUAAACAAUGAGGUAACUAUGCAUGAUGAGCAGGACAUGGUUAGAGUGAGGACAGAACCAGUGGAGGAGGAGGAUGUGGAGAGUAGUGGAAGAUCAGUAGUGCAGGCUGGCGCAGGAGCUAGAUCUUCUAAAAGUCUGAAAUACAACAAUUCUACAGGAGUUCCAUUACCUACUAGCUCUACAAAGCCAGUGGGUCAAGCAUUUGAAGAGAAUACAAAGGUGAUAUGGUCUUUGUUAAUGGAUGAUGAAGUCUCAACCAUUGGUGUUUAUGGGAUGGGGGGAGUUGGUAAAACAACAAUACUGCAACAUAUUCAUAAUGAACUUCUACAAAGACUAGAUAUUUGUGAUCAUGUUUGGUGGGUGACCGUCUCUCAAGAUUUCAGCAUUAAUAGAUUGCAGAAUAUUAUUGCUAAACCUCUUGAUCUUGACAUUUCAAGGGAGGUUGAUAAUCUGCAUAGAGCUGCUAAAUUAUCAGAAGAACUAAUGAAGAAACAAAAAUGGAUUCUUAUUUUAGAUGAUUUGUGGAACAGUUUUGAGCUCCAAAAAGUGGGAAUUCCUGUCCGGUUGAAAGGAUGUAAGCUGAUUAUGACAACUAGAUCAGAAACGGUUUGUCAUAGGAUGGCUUGCCAACACAAAAUCAAAGUGAAGCCACUUUCUGAGGGAGAAGCUUGGACUUUGUUCAUGGAGAAACUUGGAAGUGAUUUAGCAUUUUCACCAGAAGUUGCAAAAGCUAUUGCUAGGGAAUGUGCUGGUUUGCCUUUGGGAAUUAGUACAGUGGCAAGAAGCUUAAGGGGAGUGGAUGACCUACAUGAGUGGAGAAAUGCAUUGAAGAAAUUGAGAGAAUCAGAAUUUAGGGACAAUGAAGUAUUCAAGUUAUUGAGGUUUAGUUAUGAUCAGUUAGGUGAUUUAGCACUUCAACAAUGUCUCUUGUAUUGUGCAUUAUUUCCUGAAGAUUGUGAGAUUGAAAGGGAGAUGUUGAUAGGUUAUUUGAUCGAUGAGGGAAUAAUUAAAGGAAUGAGGAGCAGAAAAGAUGCAUUUGACGAGGGCCACACGAUGCUUAAUAAACUUGAACGUGUCUGCCUAUUAGAAAGUGCUCAAAUGACACAUGUCAAAAUGCAUGACUUGAUUAGGGACAUGGCCAUUCAUAUACUGCUAGAGAACUCUCAAGUCAUGGUGAAAGCAGGUGCACAAUUAAAAGAGUUGCCAGAUGCAGAGGAGUGGACAGAGAAUCUCACAAGAGUCUCACUAAUGCAAAACCAAAUUAAAGCAAUUCCUUCCAGCUAUUCACCUAGGUGUCCCUAUCUAUCAACUCUAUUGCUUUGUCAAAAUCGUUGGUUGGGAUUUAUUGCAGAUUCAUUUUUCAAGCAAUUGCAUGGGCUCAAGGUCCUCGAUCUGUCUUGCACAGGUAUUAAAAAUUUGCCAGACUCUGUCUCUGAUUUGGUGAGUCUCACUGCAUUAUUGCUCAAUGAUUGUUGGAAGUUAAGACAUGUUCCAUCAUUAAAGAAGCUCAGAGAAUUGAGAAGGUUAGAUCUCUCUUGCACUACACUUGAAAAGAUGCCUCAAGGAAUGAAAUGCCUAACCAACCUAAGGUAUCUUAGAAUGAAUGGAUGUGGUGAAAAGGAGUUUCCUAGUGGGAUAUUACCAAAACUCUCUCACCUGCAAGUCUUUGUACUAGAAGAGUUUUUUAAGGAUUUUUAUGCUCCAAUAACAGUUGAAGGAAAGGAAGUAGGAUCCUUGAGAAAUUUGGAAACUUUGGAAUGCCAUUUCAAAGGUGUCUCUGACUUUGUGGAGCAUCUCAUAUCUCGGGAUGGGGUCCUAUCAUUAAGCACAUACAGAAUUUCAAUAGGAAUGGUGGAUGAAGAUUUUUGGGAAUACAUUGAUUUUUUUCCAAGUAAAACAGUUGGGUUGAGUAAUUUGAGUAUCAACAGAGAUAGAGAUUUUCAGGUCAAGUUCUUAAAUGGCAUUCAAGGACUGGUUUGUCAAUGUAUCGAUGCAAGAAGUUUAUGUGAUGUUUUGUCAUUAGAGAAGGCAACUGAACUGGAGGAAAUCAGCAUUCGGGGUUGCAAUAACAUGGAGAGCUUGUUUUCAUCUUCUUGGUUCUGCAAUGCUCCACCACCAUUACCAUCAUAUAAUGGUAUAUUUUCUGGUCUUAAAGAGUUUUAUUGCCGUGAUAGUAAGAGUAUGAAGAAGCUGUUCCCACUUGUGUUGUUGCCAAACCUCGUAAACCUGGAAAUGAUUGAUGUUAGUGAUUGUGAGAAAAUGGAGGAGAUAAUAGGAACAACAGAUGAAGAAAACAACACCUCCAAUUCCAUCGCGGAGUUAGAACUCCCAAAGUUAAGAGCUCUGAGACUGAGAUAUUUACCAGAAUUGAAAAGCAUUUGUAGUGCAAAACUGAUUUGCAAUUCUCUUGAAGAUAUUACUGUAAUGUAUUGUGAGAAGCUGAAGAGGAUGCCGAUUUGUCUUCCGUUGCUUGAAAAUGGCCAGCCAUCCCCUCCCCCUUCUCUUAAAAAUAUCUAUUCAAGUCCAGAAGAAUGGUGGGAGACAGUAGUGGAGUGGGAGCAUCCUAAUGCAAAGGAUGUGCUUCGUCCCUUUGUAAAAUUUUGGCCCUUAAUAUAAUAUAAUAUUAUAGAAUAAAGGGUAAGCACCAUCUUUUAUGUCAUGUUAAUUUCUGAAUGAUUGGACUCGUUAAGCGUUUAUUAAUAAGAAAUAUUUCUUAUUUA